AAUUACUAUAAGUUGGAACUGAAACUCAAUUUCUGAGUGUCAACUUGUUCAUGUGACGCUACACGUUCACAAAGUGAUACUGCCAUGAUGACUUUUCUGUGUGUUCUAUGGUUCGCAAUCUUCACCCUUAUAGAUGCAGGUUCAAGUCAUCAGUGUUACAGCUGCGAAGGCACCGAAAGCCAGCUCUACACACCCGCCCAGUGCAGUCAGAAUCAAGUCAAUACCACUUGCCUUGGUCAAGACGAUAUUUGUAUGCAUGUUAGGGCCACUUACCGAGAGUACAACGAAACCACGGAGGUGGAAUUUAAAGGUUGUGUACCCGUAGACAGCCUUACAUCGAAAUACAACGAGAUCUGUAACCAAUCUAAAGGGGUCAUAGAGUGCAGCCACGUUUGCUGCCGAGAGAACUUAUGUAAUGAGAAUAUCAAUCAGGGUGAAGGCUGUCUGAAAUGUGACUACUGCCCUGGGUCCGAGGAAAGUCUCGUUUUUAACCAUUCUACUCCUUUAAAUACGUCUUACACGAGUCAUCAGUGUAACGAUGAGUCAGAAACAAUGAUUUGCCCACCUUGGAAUUUCUGCGUCAGAUUGUACAGAAAAUUCCAAAACUUUGAAGUGGAACGGCGUUUUUGCACCUCUAAGGAGCACUGCGACGAUCUCAAUGAACUUUGUCGGGGACCCAAUACCAGGAAUGAUACAUAUUGCCAUGUUCGAUGUUGUCAGCAUGACAUGUGCAAUUCGACUUCGUGUGUUCACCUAGCACUACUUUCCAUUUUUGCUGCAGUAUUAUUUGGUAUGCUCAGCGGGUAGGAAAAUAUCAUUUGGUAUGAAACAAGCUUUUUUGAACAUUUAUUUACUUCACUGCAUAUCUACUCUAACCCAGAAUAACAAAAUAUACGUCUUAUCUAUGGUGGGAGUUUUCCCUUUGUCCUCGCGUUGCUUUCUUUCCGAAUUUUUUCCUUAAUUAUCAAAAAAUGUAAUUGAUUAAUUGUUGAAAAGUAAUUUUCAACAGCCCGGCGAAAACACUCGAUCAUGUUCUAGACUCGCUUCGCAAGCACUCCUUAGGCUACCUGAACCACAGGCAAAAGUCGAUUUUCUCUCUCUACCGAGGGUGGAACGGUCAAUUUUGCUUGAGUAUAUCACUAUGGAGUAAGAGGUUUUUCACUAUAGGGCUGCAUUGGGUAAGUAAAUCGUAUGUAAAUUAAUUGACUAUACCACUCAAAGUGCAGAGAAAAUUGACCUUGUACCCAAGCCUCUUCCGUGACCGUGAACAGUCUUUGCAUCCAAACAUAGGCAGAAAGAAACGAAAUUGGAAAGGCAGGUGGAAAACGCUCGUUUUACCCUGAACCUAUUCCUAGCGUAAUGCGCGGGGACUUUGGAAUUGAGACAUUCCUAACGAGCAAUGAUCUUAGAUUGUAAACUGAGGGUUAAAAAAAUAGUCAAUCAGAUGGAUUUUCUGGGCGCAAACCGCCUCCGCGUGGACAACAGUUGAAAUCCUAGAGUGUAGCAUGACAGCACGGGGGCCCAAGCUCUUUGUGAGAGGAUAAUAUGUAAAGCUCCGCUCUGUAACCCCGUAAGUAAUACAGCAAAUAAAUUCUAACCUUCAGAUAG